UAACAAUUAAUUUAACGUACUUGCUUCUGCUGCAUACAUACAUACAUACAUACAUACAUAAACGUAAUUAAGUACUUUAAUCAAACGCCGCUUUGCAGUAAAAUUAAGUUGGAAUCAUAUAAAGUAAACGAAAAUUGUGUGAUUUAACUUUUAAGCUAAAACGCCAAAGAAGUAUUGAGACAAAUCACAUACGCGCAAUACGUUUGUUGGCUAUAUACAUACAUACAUACAUAUUGAAUACUAAGGCAUAACAAAAAAAAUUAUAUACAUAAAUCCAGUUAAACAUUAAAAAGUUUACGGUUUUAGAAAGUAGUCGAAAAAAAAAUCAAAUAAAUUUGGUAUAAAUAUAAUAUGGGUGGUUGUGCUUCGAAAGAUAAGAAGGAUACAGUGGUCGAAGGGGAUGCGGCUGCCGCAGACAAGGCGGGAACUGCUGAAAAUGGUGCGGAUGGAAUAGCAGCUAACACAACUGCAGAGCCUUCGGCCACUGCGAAUGGCGAUGCGAUCAACAACGAAGGAAAAUUAAACAUCAUGGUUGACGCUGCUGUUCUUGCUAAAUUGGAAGAAGGUUUCGCCAAAUUGGCCGCCUCUGACUCCAAGUCAUUGCUGAAGAAGUACUUGACUAAGGAAGUCUUCGACAACUUGAAGAACAAGACGACCCCAACUUUCAAAUCCACCUUGUUGGAUGUCAUUCAAUCCGGUUUGGCCAAUCAUGAUUCCGGUGUUGGUAUUUAUGCUCCCGAUGCUGAGGCUUACACCANGGCAGCAGCCCACUCAUGUCUGCUACACGGACUGGUGCAAUCUUGUUUUUCUCUUCAAUUUCUUUGCAGAAAAUUAAACAUCAUGGUUGACGCUGCUGUUCUUGCUAAAUUGGAAGAAGGUUUCGCCAAAUUGGCCGCCUCUGACUCCAAGUCAUUGCUGAAGAAGUACUUGACUAAGGAAGUCUUCGACAACUUGAAGAACAAGACGACCCCAACUUUCAAAUCCACCUUGUUGGAUGUCAUUCAAUCCGGUUUGGCCAAUCAUGAUUCCGGUGUUGGUAUUUAUGCUCCCGAUGCUGAGGCUUACACCAUUUUUGCCGAUUUGUUUGACCCCAUCAUUGAGGAUUACCAUGGUGGUUUCAAGAAGACCGAUAAGCAUCCAGCCAAGGACUUUGGUGAUGUAAACUCGUUUGGCAAUUUGGAUCCCAACAAUGAAUUCGUCAUUUCCACACGUGUACGUUGCGGUCGCUCCUUGCAGGGUUAUCCAUUCAACCCAUGUCUCACCGAAGCCCAGUACAAAGAGAUGGAAGAUAAGGUCUCAUCCACAUUGUCUGGUUUGGAGGGUGAAUUGAAGGGCAAAUUCUACCCAUUGACUGGCAUGGAGAAAUCUGUUCAACAGCAAUUGAUCGAUGAUCAUUUCUUGUUCAAGGAAGGUGAUCGCUUCUUGCAGGCUGCCAACGCUUGCCGUUUCUGGCCAACUGGACGUGGUAUCUAUCAUAACGACAACAAGACUUUCCUGGUGUGGUGCAAUGAGGAAGAUCAUUUGCGUAUUAUCUCCAUGCAAAUGGGUGGUGAUUUGGGUGAAGUUUUCCGUCGUCUGACAAAUGCUGUUAAUGAUAUUGAGAAGCGUAUUCCAUUCAGCCACGAUGACCGUUUGGGCUUCUUGACCUUCUGUCCCACCAACUUGGGUACCACCAUUCGUGCCUCUGUGCACAUUAAGUUGCCCAAAUUGGCUGCUAACCUUGCCAAAUUGGAGGAAGUUGCUGGCAAAUAUAAUUUGCAGGUGCGUGGCACACGCGGUGAACACACCGAAGCCGAAGGUGGUAUUUACGAUAUCUCCAACAAGCGCCGCAUGGGUCUCACCGAAUACCAAGCCGUCAAGGAGAUGUACGAUGGCAUCACUGAACUCAUCAAGAUCGAAAAGAGCAUGUAAAUGUGCUACAAUAGCAAUGUAACAUUGUUUCGACUCAAUAAUUUUUUUUAAAUUAUGUGUCGAAUGUUUAUUUGUAGUCAAGCAGAUGUUGUGUAGUUUAGUAUGUACUAAGUGAGUUUAAAGGGGUGGUGCAGCAGGUGGACAGGUCCCGGCAUUUUGAAUAUACAUAAAUACAAAUUGGGGAGCUGCCUUUGCUGCUUUUUUCAAUGCCCUGCGUUCGUGAGAAAUGCCUUCCUGGAGAAGAACAACAUACAAACACCAUCAAAAACAACACUGCAACCACCAGAACACUAUUUAACAAUGAAAACACUCUUAUUCUUAAAACAAAAACAAAAAAACAAAAACAAAAAACAAAAAAAAAAGAAGAAUACGUCAAAUGUUUGGACAUUUUUGUGAAGCUGAAGAUAAAAAACA